GCAUCCCUAGAACUGAAUGGUAUAAACAGAGUUGAAAGGUGAAAGAGCAUUUUUGUUUGCAACGCAGAGAUUGGCAUGUUCUACCUGUUUUUCCUGAGAUAGAUGAUGUAAACAGCUCUUUGGGGCCCAAACUUUCUGUGUGGAUCACUUGCUAGGCAGUACGAGAGAGAUAAAGAAGUAAUAGAGCUCAAAACGCGGUCACCAUGGCUGAACAGUGAACAAGACCGACUUGUGCCAAGCAGUGGAGUGGUUGCAACAUUUGCUGAACACUAUAUGUAGCAUGUGUUGAUGCUGCCCUUUGGCAAGACAGGAAAAUGUAGAAAACUGGAAAAUUAGGUGUCCAUACUUGUGCAACAUGAUUGUACAAGGAAACCAGUUCAAGUGACGGACUCAACUGGCAGCUGUGGACACUUGAGGGCAUUUGAUUUAAACCUAAGAAGUAAGUGUAACAGGCAUGGCGUUAUUUCGGGACAUCGUGUCAAUCACUGACCACCUCUACCUCAGCAGCGGUGCGGCCGCCUGUAACGAACCCAACAUUCGCUCCCGAGGCAUCAAAUGCAUCAUCAACGCAACUACAAACCUCCCUGACACCACCAUACCCGAUGUCGAACACGUGCGAGUGCCUGUCAACGACGUCCCACAUUCGGAGCUGUCCGCACAUUUCGACCCGGUUUGUGAGAAGAUCGAAGCAGUCCGGAAACAGGGCGGCGGCACCCUUGUACACUGUGUAGGGGGGAUCAGCAGGUCCUCGGCUCUCUGCCUUGCCUACCUGAUGAAAUGUAAGAAGAUGACCCUGGAAGAAGCUCACAGCCACGUGAAGGCAAGAAGGCCUUUUAUCCGACCAAACGUCGGGUUCUGGCGGCAGUUGAUCCAGUAUGAGAGAACCCUGUAUGACAAGAACUCAGUGACGAUCAUAGAGUCUAAUGUCGGACCCAUCCCAAGUGUGUAUGAAAAAGAAACACAAGGCAUGCUGUGGUAGUUCUUGUUGCUAGUUUCUAGUUUAUCCCUUGAACUAUUGUACCUGCCUCAUAGUUUUAAGUGGUGCAGUACCGACCCAAACCCUAAAAAGGUAUUAUCUUUUUCUGACUGCUUAUCUUUCCAGCUGAUCUUUCUAACUAGAUUGAACUAGAUUUUAUUUGUUGCACUGAAUGUUGUCCGCUUUUGUCUCCUGGCUGAAUGCUUCAUGCCUCACUGUUGUAUAUACUUAGCUUGGUAAUCAACUGUUAUAAGUUGAAGGGGCUAGAUCUACCAUGUUGUCUUAAAAUGAAAUAAAUAAAUGCACGAAAGAACAAGAAA